UAUAUAUCUCGCAAUCACCGUCUGUCUCUCUGUCUCUCUUGCUGCGUUUAUGAUACAGUUCUCUCAACGGACGCUGGCAAGAGAGAGAAACCAAAAAAGACGAACUCUUUCUCUCUCUAGGGUUUGGUGUCUUCCCCAAUCGCCUGCAAUCGCAGCUCGGUGAGAGCUCCAUGGAUUAUCUGCCAAGGUCCAGCUGUUUCGAUAUAUGCGAGGUUUAUCGGCGGUACUGCGAUAUCAGGUCAGGAAAUCUGCAUUUUCAAGGGGAAGAAGGUUAUAGAAAAAGUGAUGAAUCACAAAUGGCUCAAUGUUCGAGGGAGGCAUUCGCUCAGCUUUCGCAACUGGUAGAGUCAAGUCUGCAUGCAGAUGCUAGGAUAUCUAUUUUUGAUGAAAUUUGCAAGCUCAUGUCACGACUUAACUUGAUGAUAGAUUUUUCUGAAUUCUCGCGCUUCUACGAUUUUGUUUUCUUUGUGUGCCGUGAAAAUGGUCAAAAAAACAUUACUGUAAAAAGGGCUGUUGGUGCGUGGAGAUUAGUUUUGGCUGGGAGGUUUCGAUUGCUUAAUCAAUGGUGUGAUUUUGUUGAGAAAAAUCAGCGGCAUAAUAUCUCUGAGGACACAUGGAGACAAGUGUUAGCUUUCAGCCGGUGUGUACAUGAAAAUUUGGAAGGUUAUGAUCCAGCAGGAGCCUGGCCUGUUCUAAUAGAUGACUUCGUUGAGCACAUGUACAGGAUCUCCGGAUCUAAUGAAAAUCCCAACUGUUUCUGUAAUUGCGGAGAGCCGGAAUCCCAGUCGUGCGCAUAUGAUGACUCACUUCCAGGAUUGAAAAGCUUACCUGGGUUGAAGAGAAAGUCCCUCGAGGACCUUGAUAAAGAUGACUUGGGAUCCUUAAUCACCAUUUUCCCAGACAGUACCAACCUAAAUCCUUUAGUGAGCUUAAAGAGAAAUAGGUUGAUGCCGUACAAAACGGCAAACUGGGAGGAUGAGAAGAUGGAAAACGACAACGUGGAGAACAGUAAAUGUAUUAGUCCUUUGAAUGCUUCCAAAUCUCCUUGUGCAAUUGAAGGUUGUUUCUCAAAGGGCCUUGCAGGGCUCUUUCCAACGCGCUCAUGUUUGCAGUUUAAAAGGGAGAGGCGAGUUUCCUUUGCACAGAGACAGAGACCCUCCAAUGCUGAAAAAAUAUUGCAUGCAUAGGGUGAUCUAAUUUUUAUCUUUUUUGUUUUAUAUGUAUUUUUUUUUUUUUUUUUUUUGGUAACCAUUAAU